AUGGAUCAACUCCCAUUCGCCCCAACACUAGGGACAACCUCCAGGCCCAAUACCCUGGAAGUCCCCAAUUCGCAGUCGGAUACUGGGAGAAUGUCGGAGGAUCCUGGGAUGAUCCUGAUACCCCCAUCGCCUCCGACGUCCAACAGUUCUACACCGACGAGUACAACCGACUCAUCGAGGAACGAACUCUGGAAAAGGGUAGUGGAAGCAAUGGCGGCAAGGGACGUGCAACAAAAGGAACAGAGCGGCGAAGAACCACCUUUGAAGGAAUCGUUACCCCUUUCCUCCCUGCCCGGGGAAAGGAAUGAGAAGGUGGACGAACCACAGUCGGAAAAACCGACGCAGGAGGACAUCGAAGAGAUGAAUCUCCAGAGUCAUUCAGGAAGGCCGGACCAAUGCUCCAUGCCUCAGAGCUCAACAGGGGAAUUUACUCCUCCACCGGAACUCCAAGAGAGGCAUGGGGAGUCCACACUGGGUCAGGAGAUCACUUAUCAGACUCAUACCCCAAGGGAGACGUCUCCCAUUGGAGCCCAGACACCGGCUCCUCCUAUGAGGCAGAAGUCAUCCGGCUCGAAUCCGAAGUCGCCUCAAAGAGAUCCGCUUGCCUCUGUAGCCGGGUAUAUCAAUGGUAUCACCAAGUCACUCUACAACUCGCACACGGAAUCCAUCAAUUGGCCAGAAAAGAAAGAGGAGUGGCCGAGGAAAAAGGGAUACUGGAUUGGGGAUCGCUCUUUCCAGUGGAUUCCUGGAUCACCCCUGAAGAGGGAUCCUGGGACCUACCCCCCAUGCACUCCGACUCAACCGCUAAUGACACCUGGCACUCAGUUGCCAGGGACGGCUGGGAAUCCCCCUGGCCAGACACCGUGUACGAGGCCAUAUGGCCCAAUCCCAUGGCUCGAACCGCCAUCAACGAGAAUCUAUGGGACUCACUUUCCACCCCCGUAUUCCUGGGAAGGGAAUACCGAACUAUCCCGGAAGAAGAAGAAGAAAGUGAAGAUAGUGAUACCCCCACUGACACCUCCUCUGAUGAGGACGAGACCAUCCGCGUCUUUAGUGCUGAACUUCAGCACUGAAGACAUCUUCAACACCAAGGAACCUGGGGGAGACUGGACCAAACCACACCUACCAACUGAGGUGUUUUGGACCACGUCGCUGGACCCCGAGCUAGGAAAAAGAGUCCCCUCUCUUUCCCAACACAGAGACGCGUCACACCCUGAAGUAGCAAAUGAAGAAACGGGGAAGGAUCAUCUCAAACGAGAAAGACGAUGUUUCCGGUGUGGACACACUGGACAUGUAUGGAAGAAUCGCAGAUGUGAUCUGCAAAAGGAGUGGUUCGUCAAGAAUGCUGAAGGAUGGAAGAGCCACUUCGCAUGGCAACAGCAAAAGGGGUCCAUAGAGGAGCAAUGUCUCCGCUGUGGAUUCCAUGGACAUACUAGACGGGAUAACAAAUGCUCAUCUGACAGGUCCCAAUGGCGCUCUGCUUGA